CAGAGUUCUCCAUUAAAUCAAAUGUGUUGAAAAUGACCUUCAAUAUACCUCUAGAUGAUGUUCAACGAGUCGACAUUGAGAUUGAAGACCUCACUGUGGAGGUUGAUUCUUCACCCUCCUUUUUCAAACCAGCCACGUACCUAGAUUUCUAUCACCGCAUUCGCCAUGGCAGACAGGAACAUUCUAAGAAGCGACUUUUGGACUCGAUCACUUGCUCCUUGAAAGCUGGCACUUUGACUGCAAUCAUCGGUGGUAGUGGCUCGGGUAAAACCACUCUACUCAAUGCCGUUUCGCAAUGGUCCUCGAACUCUAGGAUCUCAUCCUCUGGAUCCAUAAGAUACAACGGUAUAGAAGGCCUGUCAAAGAUACGCCAUGCGUUCGUAAUGCAACACGACAUAUUGCUCCCGACGUUGACUGUCCGCGAAACCUUGACUUACUCGGCGGACCUGCGAUUGUCUCCUUCCUUGAGCCGAGACAAGAAACAAAAGGUCGUUGAAGAAGUCAUACUUGAGCUGAGCCUGAAGGAUUGUGCAAAUACAAGGAUCGGAGACUACCAGCGGCGAGGCUGUUCAGGAGGGGAGAAGAGAAGGACCAGCAUUGGGGUUCAGCUCUUGGCGAACCCAUCCGUAUUAUUCUUGGAUGAGCCUACAACGGGGCUGGACGCUACGACAGCCUUUCAACUCGUGAAAACGCUGAAAUCGCUCACAAAAAAGGGUCGAACCGUCAUUACAACCGUCCAUCAACCCCGGUCCGAGAUGUGGGGCUAUUUUGACAACCUCAUCAUACUUAGCAAAGGUGGGACGCUCAUAUAUUCUGGACCAAGUGAUCUGUGUAUUCCUUGGUUUGAGUCUUUAGGUCAUCCUCUACCAUCUUAUGUCAACCCAUUUGAUUUUCUUGCGGACCUGGUCGCCAUUGAUGAUCGGAGUCCUGAUUUGCAACGAAUCAGUAUGCGUCGAGUUGAAGGCCUGAGAAAGUCGUGGAAAGAAUAUGAGACGCGGCACUGUUUAACCAAAGAACUGGCAGAAAAAUUUCCUGUUCAACCGGAUGCAAAAAUUAAGUCCCGAAAAGAAAGUCGUUGGCUUUUGCAGACCCGCGUUUUGACCGCUCGAACCCUCUUAACUACUUACCGAGAUCCAAUGGGAAUGGCUUCAUCGAUUAUUGAGGCUGUUGUCAUGGGGAUUACUUGUGGUUUGAUAUUCUUUCGCGUUCCAAGGACUCUCUCAGGCAUUAAAUCCAGACAAGGAGCAAUGUAUAGUGUAGGCGGUUUGCAAGGCUAUCUUUUCCUUAUCUUCGAGACUUACCGAUUAACUGUCGACAUGCCUGGGUUUGACCGAGAGAACAAGGAGGGUUGCAUUGAUGUUAUCCCUUUUCUACUAUCACGGCGGCUUGCAAGGCUAUUCACCGAGGAUUUACCUGUGCCAAUUAUCUUUAGUCUCAUCUUUUACUUCAUGGUUGGAUUUGACAUCGAAAGAUUUCCAACAUUCCUCCUCAUUGUUAUUUUGAAUCAUUUUAUUGCAGUCACUUGUGCUCAGACUUGUGUAGCUACCAUAAGGCAUUUUGCUGGAGCGAGCUUGAUUGCCAACUCAGUCUACACACUUCAAACCCUUGCUGCAGGAUAUUUCAUUCAAAGCAAUAGUAUUCCAGCCUAUCUUCGGUGGACCAAAUACAUUACAUACAACUACUACGUUUUUACAGGAUUCUGCGCCAACGAAUUCGAAAACAACUUUUACGAUUGUCCAAAUCCACAGCGAGCAUCAAGUCCAGAAUGCAUCCAGUACACCGGUCGAUAUAUUCUCAGCUCUCUUGGCAUUCCGGCCAGAUGGAAGUACCAACCAAUACUUGCGCAGCUGGCAUUUAUUGUAUUCUUUUGCAUUCUCAAUGCAGCGGGGCUAAGGUUUCUCAAAGUCAACCUGGCCAAUGUGAAAUACCGAACAUCCCAGAUGACAGCUUUGGUUAACCCGCGCAAACUUGACGUGAAAUCACAAAACAAGUUCAGGAGAAUUGCUGUCAAUGUUGAAAAUUUUUGUCUCGAGGUUGAACAAAAGUCAAUCAAAGGCACAACCACAAAGCGUAUCUUCAGCCCAAUCACAGCGACUUUUCAACCGGGCAUGAUCAAUGUCAUCAUGGGACCCUCGGGCAGUGGUAAAACAUCCCUGUUGAACUCAAUUGCUCUCCGAUUGCAAGACUCUGCAAGACGAAAACAUAAAUUGUCCGGAAAGCUCACGUUCAACGGAGCCACACCCACCAGCAAUGUCAUCAAAUCCAUCUGCUCUUAUGUAGCACAAGAUGACGAUGGUCUUUUCCCUUCUCUAACAGUUCGUGAAACUCUGAGAUUCGCAGCCGAAAUGCGACUACCAUCCUGGAUGACAAGUCAUGAAAAGACCUCCCGAGCCGAAACAAUCAUGCUAAAACUAGGCCUGAAAGAUUGUGCAGACACGCAAAUAGGAAGUGAGAUUCCCCCCGUCAAGGGCAUUUCAGGUGGCGAAAAGCGAAGGACCACGAUUGCAACUCAGAUACUUACAAACCCUCGAAUUAUUCUGCUUGAUGAGCCAACCAGUGGGCUCGAUGCCUUCACAGCUAACUCAAUAAUGGAAGGCCUCCAGGAAUUGGCAGCCGAAGGAUGUACCGUGAUCACAACCAUUCACCAGGCUCGUUCGGAUAUCUUCUUCAAUUUCUUUGGCAAUGUUUUGCUGCUGACCCGUGGCGGGCUACCUGUGUACUCGGGUUCUUCGUCGAAUAUGCUGAGCUACUUCGCCAGUCUCGGAUAUGACUGUCCACAGCAUACCAAUCCUGCCGAUUUUGCAGUUGACCUCAUCACCAUAGAUUUACAGGAAACGCAAAGAGAGGCCACAAGCCGAGAAAGGGUCGUAAGAUUAACCGAAGCCUGGAAAAACGAGCUUUCACUGUCACAAAAGGUUGAGGGCAAGUCCCACGAUUCAACGAUGUCAGUUAUGAAUGUAAUUUCGACAACCUCUUCGACAGAAAUGAUCACUGAAUCACACACAAAUCCAGGAGCAUUGGAGGAGCUGGCUUCUUGUACAGCAUCCAUAUCGACUCCGGCUGAACUUGGUGCGCUCUGCAGAAGUUCAAUUCCAUUAGGCAAAAUUCUUCCGGUUCUCCUUCAUCGAUCAAUAACAAACUUUCGCCGGCAACCACAUCUCUUGAUUGCAAGAACCAUGCAAGUGAUGGGUCUGGCCAUUUUGUUGACUCUCUUUCUUGCUCCCCUUGGAGACGAUUUUGCUAGUGUUCAGAAUCAUGUUGGAUUUGUGCAAAACAUUUCUGCUUUCUAUUUCAUUGGAGUUUUGCAGAACUUAGCUGUCUAUCCUGCCGAGAGGGAUGUCUUUUAUCUGGAAAAUGACGAUGGUCUCUACGGGGUUGAGGCAUUCAUCCUCUGCUACACCCUUCUUGAGAUUCCCUAUGAUGUUUCAAGUUGCCUGCUUGCUGGGGUGUUCUGUGUGUUUGCUGUCGGGCUCUCAAACAGCGCGACAGUAUAUUUCGUUUAUGCUUUCUCAUGUUUCUCUAUAGUCUGCAGUGGCGAAAGUCUAGGUCUCAUUUUCAACACGCUCUUCGCAAGACACCCUGGCCUUGCCAUCAAUAUUCCUACGGUACUUGUGGCGCUUGCGCAAGUGUUGGCAGGUAGCAUGAGCGUAGACAUGCCCGGCUUUCUCAAGAAAAUGAACCUUUUGAGUCCAUGCAGAUACGCGAUUCGCGCGGUGGCUCACUAUGCAAUACUGCCGAAAACGUUCACCUGCAAUAACGAACAAAGGCUACCGGAUGGGGAGUGCGCCAUUUCCACGGGCCAACAAGUUCUGGAUUUGUACGAUCUAAACGGACCUGCAGCAGUCAAUGUCGCAUUGCUCGCUGUCUUGGUCGUUGCGUAUCGUGUAGUCGCUUGGUUCGCCUUACGGUUGGCUAGGAUGAAUAAGAAUGGAGGGUCAUAGCAGACAUUCAAUAAAGUAUCCAUAAACUAUCGCUUGGCUGUCUCAAUGCUCACUCAGUGUAGUAGUUAAAGCACAGACUGUAUAUUUCUGAGAAGCUUAUGACUUUCGCAGCAAUUGAAGCCUUCGGUGUUGUCAUAAGAACCAAAAAGGGAUGAGAAGAUAAAAUCAAUAGACACUGAUUCAAGGAUCGGGAUAGCCAUCAGACCUAAAGACGAAAUUUCCAAAUUAAG